UUUGAACACUUUUCUUUGAAGUUUCGAAAAUUCACAGAUCUUUUUUCUUAAUAUCUUAGAUAAGUCGGUUAAAGACUGGCACACACGGCCUUGACGUCUGCGUUGAAACUUAUCUUUAUCUGUAUAUAAAAUUGGCUUCGGCUGCCACCCAUUCCUGCAAGUUUUAAAUAUCCUUGUUUGUAAUUGUAUGUAUAUAAUAUAACCAAAUCUUUUCCAUAAGAGUUAGAGUUUGAAUCCAAAAGUUUCCUUUCAGCCAAUCAGUGACAGACAGUUUUGUUUCUUGAGGUUACCUGAUCGAUUUGCAGUGUGAAAUAUGAUGAGAAGCGAAGACUAUGAACGAGUUUUCCGUUACUUCGACAAAGAUGGAGAUGGGAAAGUUUCAGCGUCAGAGUUGAGCCAUAGAUUAGGGCAGAUGGGUGGGGAGCUGCUGUUGAAUGAAGCAGAAGUUGUGGUGGAAGAAUUGGACUCGAACGGGGAUGGGUUGUUGGAUUUGGAGGAUUUCAUAGGGUUAAUGGAAGAAGGAGGGGAAGAAGAAAAGCUGAAGGAUUUGAGAGAAGCUUUUGGGAUGUAUGAUGUAGAUGGAUGUGGGUUCAUUACACCUAAAGGACUCAAGAAAAUGCUCAGCAAACUUGGGGAGUCAAAGUCCGUUGAUGAAUGCAAGAUGAUGAUCAAGCAAUUUGACCUCAAUGGAGAUGGCGUUCUCUGCUUUGAGGAGUUCAGAAUAAUGAUGCAGUAAUCCAUGGCUAUGUCUAGCUGUUUCUUUUUUUUUAUUAUUCAUUAUUCUUUGAGACUCAGCAUUCUUUGCAUUGUAUUCUUGUAAUUAUUCAUGAUUGUUUACCAGUUA